CUACAAGUAACUGUGAUAAUGGCCAGUUCAUCUGUUAUUUAUGUAUUGUUUGAGGGAAACUAUUGCUCAGAACUGUAAGAAAAGCCCUCUGUCCCUUUUCAAACUAGUACCCUGGCAUCUUUUCUACCCACCUGGGACAAUUAGACGUUUCCACCUCCAAGAGUUUCAGCACGCUGCUGGAAUUGAUGCAUCCCCUGUCUGGUGACUGGAAGUGUUCUAAGUGCAACAAGUCUUGGAUGUAUCAGUCUAGUUCUGACUGGGAAUGAGCCACCAAUGAUACUUGGCAACUUUACUCAAGCUUAAGGAGCAUGAAUGGGGCAAUGAGAAAACUGUCACAUUGGAAGGAUGGCUAUUUGAGGCUGGGGAGGAGGUGUGUCAUACCUGCCUUGGAUUUACUUGAUCUGGGAAUGCUUAAUGCCUAAAAUGCAAAGUGUUUCAAUUCCUAGCUCUGACACGCACUCUGAUGAGCAUGAAAGAAGAAAGUCUGCAGAAUUUCAUGUGAGUGCUGAAGGAGACUGACAACAAUAAACUGUGUAACUUUAAUAUCAAAUUUUAGGAGGUUGUGAAGGAGAUGAAUCGAUUGGGAAUGAUAAUAGAUCUGUCACACACUUCCAGUGACACAGCAGAAAUGGUCCUUAAAAUCUCCAUGGCACCAGUUAUCUUCAGUCACUCGUCUGCUUAUGCUAUCUGCCAACAUUACAGGAAUGUUCCAGAUGAACUUCUCAAGAUGAUUAAAGAGAACAAAGGCUUAGUAAUGGUGAACUUCUACUCUGGUUUUGUGGCCUGUCAGAAGCAUUCCAAUAUUUCUAGAGUUGCAGAUCAUUUUGACUACAUCAAAAAGAUUGCUGGAUACGAGUCAGUUGGAAUUGGUGGAGACUACGAUGGGGUCACUGGGUUCCCACAGGGUCUAGAAGAUGUGUCCAAAUAUCCUGCCCUCAUUGAGGAAUUAUUGAGACGCAAGUGGACAAAAACUGAAUUAAAAGCUGUUCUUCGAUACAACUUUCUGCGGGUUUUCCACAGAGUAGAAAAGGUGAAGGAGGAACUGAAGAACAAUUCACCCAGUGAAAUGGAGAUCCCCCUUGAGGAAGUUAACAAUGCCUGUCGCCUGAACCUCAAGAAACCAUUCCCAAAUUUAGGACUAUCGCUAAGUGAAACAAUGCCGUCUGCUUUUAACAUUAUGUAUACAGUUACACUCUAUAUCGUAUUCAUCAUUUUGAUCGGUUAGUGAAUACAGUCCAAGGUCAUUGCGCAGCCAAACCGAGUCCAAGCAAUUAUGGAGCUGGGGCUAAAAACUUGUAAUAACCUUGUUAUUUGGCAGCGUGAAUAAUAGAUGGAGAUAAAUCAACUUACAAUCCUUAAUAAAGGAUGACUUGAAUUUA